AAAGAAACCCGAUUUAGUUGCUAGCCGAACGUCGAACGAGAAACACGGGCGGUUGUUAUAAGAAAUAUAUGUUCAGAUAUUUUAGCCACCAUGAGUUCCGCAUCUGUGCGUCUGCUUAGUAAGACCAAACAAACCGCUCGGAUUGUGAUCGUGGGAGCGGGAUCCGCUGGAAUAGCAGCUGCCACCCGUCUCCUGGAGUUGGGAUUCCGGAAUGUUCUGCUUCUUGAGGCCGAAGAUCGCAUAGGCGGCCGUGUCCACACGAUUCCCUUUGCCGAUAAUGUGAUUGAUUUGGGCGCCCAGUGGUGCCAUGGCGAGAAGGGUAAUGUGGUGUACGAUAAGGUCAAGGAUCUGCAACUCCUGGAGGUUACGGAACGCCACUACGAAACCUACAAGUGCGUGCGAUCCAACAGGGAAGUCCUAUCCGAAGAUAUAGCCGGUAAACUUAAGGAUAUAGCCGACAACUCAAUACUGGACAGGCAGACGGAGCUCCUGGACUUCGAGGGCUCCCUGGGUGAUUAUAUCAACAUGAAAUACUGGAAGGAACUGGCCAAGUUGCCGCCCAUUGAUCGCACCAUAGCCGAGGAGUUCCUGGAAGUCUUUCACAAAUUCGAGUCAUCCGUGGAGGCAGCCGAUCACCUCUUCGAAGUCUCCGGCAAGGGUCACCUAGAGUACUGGCUCUGCGAGGGCGAACUGCUGCUCAAUUGGCGGGACAAGGGCUACAAGCGGUUCCUGCGAUUACUGAUGAAGGCCCAGGAGGAUCAGCCCGAAGAUCUGGGUGUCCUCAAGGGUCGGGUGCUGCUCAACAGGCGAAUUGCCGAGAUUAAUUGGCAGGGUGCGGAUGAGUUGACUCUGCGCUGUUGGAAUGGUGAGGUGAUCACAGCGGAUCAUGUCAUUUGCACAGUUUCCCUGGGAGUUCUCAAGGAGCAGCAUGCGAAGCUCUUUGUUCCCGCCCUGCCAGCUGCUAAAAUUAGGGCCAUCGAUGGCCUCAAACUGGGCACAGUGGAUAAGUUCUUCCUGGAGUUCGAGCAUCCCCCGCUGCCUGCAGAUUGGCCCGGCUUCAAUUGCCUGUGGCUGAAGCAGGAUUUGGAGGAGUUGCGGGCCUCCGAACUCUUUUGGCUGGAGAGCGUUUUCGGCUUCUAUCCCGUUUCCAGGCAGCCACGCAUCCUGCAGGGCUGGAUCAUUGGGCCACAUGCCCGGCACAUGGAAACCCUCACCGAGGAGAAGGUCAGGGAGGGUUUGCUGUGGCUCUUCCGCAAGUUCCUGCCCUUCGCGGUGGCCCAGCCAUUGCGUAUGCUGCGCACCCAGUGGCAUGCGAAUCCCAACUUCCGGGGCAGCUACACCUUCCGCUCCACCUACACGGAUGCGCUGAGAACCGGUGCCUGGGAUCUGGAGGCGGCGCUCCAGGAUGUGGGCGGCAGGCCACGCCUCCAGUUCGCCGGCGAAGCCUCGCACAAGCACUUCUACUCCACGGUCCAUGGAGCCGUGGAAACGGGUUGGCGGGAGGCGGAUCGAUUGCACCUCUACUACCGGUCGCGAACCGCUCAGCUGUGAGCUUAAACCCCUUGAGUCUUCUGGCGUGA